CGGGAGAGAGAGCAAAGCCCUGACGGAGGGGGAGGAGGGAAGCUCUCCCGUCUUUGCGCAUGCCUGGGACUCUGCUGCUGCUGCUGUUUGAGAGCAGCAGAUGAACGAAGCUCAGAGGAGGGAGAGAAAAAAAAUCUCCGUCCCGAGGUGGCCGUGCGCGCAUGCGCUUCCGCGUCUGAUUGAUGCCGUAUUGUGUGCGCUGCGAUCGCUUUGGAUUCGCACCAGAGAGAGAGUGGGGAUACGAGUUGUUACGUCGGUGCUGUAAUACAAGAGUGGCUCUAAUAAGAAAUACAACAACAACAAAUCCACCUCGCUUCGAGAUGCCAUUCUGGCCGCGAGGGUGAAUAGGCAAAUUCCCGGCUCGUAGAAGAGAACGCGGUCAGGUGUGUUGCUUUUUGUGUGUGUGUGUGCGCGUUAAUUACAGUUUUAUUAUUUUAUUUCCUUAUAGCUCGAUCGCUCGCUCGCUCGCAGUCAAAUUGGCGCAGCGUACGUAUUCUUCAAAGCGACCCAAAAAGAUCAGUCGAGUCCCUGGGUAUCGGAAUUCGAUUUCGCGUUAACACACCGCAAGACGCGACUGGAAACUGUGAGUCCCGUGCUCUGCUUGUACUCCGCUGCCGAUCGAUGUGUUUGCGGUAAAGAUUUAUUAGCCGUAUUGGGCUAUUGUGUUUUCGAAUCAGGCUACUUGCCGCCGUCACGCUCCGUUUUCCAUGUAAUAUUCAGCGCGCCUUAGGACGAAAGGAAACAAACAGACAAAAAUAGAUUAUCCACCGCGAGUUGCUUUUCCCUUCUCAAUUCUUCCAUCGCCAAGUGUUGGGUGCUGUCGCGGGGUUUAGAGGAAGCGGACAGGGCCGCCUUAUAGCCGACGCAGGGGCGAUUUCGCGUAUCGGGAGCCUCUCUCUCUCUCUCUCUGCAGUUCUAUCGUCCGGUAGCAGCAGUAUCAUCAUCAUCUAUCCGAAUGAGUGCAGUAGGAGCAGCAGCAGCAGCGAUAGCUCCAGCCGACAGCCCGAACGCGUGUAACUUUGUAGCAGCCAGCCCGUGCUAUAUUGCGAGUUGCAGUCUCCAUCUGUUCAAAUAUACAUUCGUACAUUCGUUCGCCGUCUCCCUCGCGGUCACAGCGCAUCCUUGAUCACUCGGCAGGUCAUCUCGGCGGAAGAGACGGACGUGAGAUUCGCGUGUUUGUUUCGCGUUGCCCUGAGACGCGCAGCUCUCUCUCUCUCUCUAGCACACACACACACACUCUCUCACUCUCUCCCACAUGUCAUGCAUCUGUGCUAUUUAUACGUUCAUUUGUUUCGCCCGUUGCCCGCGUCUCGUUGUUGCCGCCGGCCCGGCCCGUGAUCGCUAGCGAGAUAGGGGGGGCUCGGUCAAGCGCUCUUGCGAUAACCGCGCUGCGCUAAACAGCCCCCGCGCGACCCGAGCGCGCGCUCCCCGCAUCCUUCAACUAGCAAACGCGAGGCGACGCCAGAAGGGGGGGGGGGGGUAAGGGCCAAGCGAAAAGAGCGAGACGAGAGAGGGCGAUCGGAGAGAGGGCGAUAGAGGGAAGCGCACUGAGAGAGAGAGAGCGAGCGAGCGAGCGCGCGACGACGUGCGGAGCUUUCACAAAGCGACACUGUGCUGUUAAUCUCCCGUGACCCGCCACGUACCGACGCUCUUCGAGCAUCAUUGAGAACGUCAAGUGAGACCUUUUGUAGAUUUCCAGCUACGAAGAGAGCGCCUCUCGCUCCAUCAUCGUGACAGCGACCCGCAGGGCAUGAAAGUGGACGCAACAGCAGCAGCAGCAGCGACAGCGACGGUAGCAGCUGCAUCGUUCCAGUCGUAUACCACAUCCGAUGCGGGACCCAAGCUCCAGCAAAGGGCGCGGCUGACAUGACUCUCACGUAAGCUGCUACCGGAGGAGGAGGGAGGAAGAGAAGGCCGAGAGGUUUGGCGAAGGGAAAUAGGGGGAAGAGGGGGGCGGGGAGGGGGGUGGUGGUGCCAGAAUUGGAUCUGCUGAAGUUGCGUCUUCGAAGCUCCACUCUGCGAGAAGUGAAAGUUACGAAGUUUGUUUUUUGGCGUUCCUCGUGGUCUGCCACCAACGCGCUCGUGUGACGGAGCGGCCGGGUUAGAGAGGAGCUCUCCCAUCAACCACAGCAGCCGCUUUUUUUUCAAAUUUUACGAAAAAAAAACUUACCAGUACUACCACUUAUUGCAAUUCAUCAAUUCACAAUAUAUCUACAUAAACCAACAACAAUUUGGUCGCCAAUACAUGGGCACCUUGUGAUCAUAACGUGGCCAGAAACAUCGUCGUCAUCGACCGCGACAGCCAAACCGGACUGACGACACGCGCCGGCGUCAGGGAUUUGGGUCGUGGCAUCGUGGACACGCGGCGAGACGCGACUUUGGUGGCGUCGUUCUGCCUGCCGCCUCCCUCGAUCACACACGACAACACACACGCACACACACGACAACGACAACACACACGCACACACACACACACGACAACACACACACGCACGCGCACGCACGCACGCACACACAACGGUGGCAACGCGAAGCCGAGACAACAAAGAUCUCGUGUCACACCGUCGUCACCGUCGUCACGAUGACGAAGUCAGCGCGACCGCAGCUGACGGUGCUGCUCCUGUGCGUGACCUUGUGCGGCCACGUUGCGCGCUCGUCCUCCGAUGGGCUACCCCAGGCCUCCAGCCACGGUCUGAACGUCACCACGAACUCGACGGGCAUCGGGGCAUCGGUUCCCUUGCUCAAGCUCGGGGUGGUACUCAGCACGAUGGCCAUGGUGACGAACUGGAUGUCGCAAACGCUGCCCGGCCUCGUGGGCCUAAACCUCACAAAGUUGGCUGGCGCUUCGGAUCCCGACAUGGACAAGAUCUCAUCCGGCUUCAUACCGAACCCGGACGAGGGCUGGCAGGUGUUCACCUCGGCCCAGGACGCGGACGGGAAGUGCGUGUGCACAGUGGUGGCGCCGCAGCAGAGCGUGUGUUCGCGGGACGCUCGCUCCCGCCAGCUUCGCCAGCUGCUUGAGAAGGUGCAGAACAUCUCGCAGUCCAUGGCCGUCCUCGAUCUGCGCACACAGCGAGACAUCAAGUACAUCGAGGGCAUCGAGAAGCAGAUGAACGCCCUCGACAAGAUGUUCCAGGAGGCCAAGGAGGACCGCAAGGAUCUGCUGGCUCGGCACUUUCAGGAGCUGAAGGAGAAGAUGGACGAGCUGGUGCCGCUGAUCCCCGUGCUGGAGCAGUACAAGGCCGACACGCGGCUCAUAGAGCAGUUCAAGGCGGAGCUCAACAACCUGUCGGUGGUGCUGGGCAGCAUCCAGGACGAGAUCGGUGGCAACGAGUUCGAGAGCCUGCAGCGGCGGGUGCUGGACCUCGAGUCGAGGCUGCACAGCUGCAUGCAGAAGAUAGCCUGCGGGAACCUGACGGGGAUCAGCAAUCCGGACACGGUGAAGACAUCCGGCUCGCGGUUCGGCGCGUGGAUGACGGACCCACUCGCCUCCGAGAAAGACAACCGGGUGUGGUACAUGGACAGCUACCUGAACACGCGCUCGGUGCGCGAGUACCGCUCCAUGGCGGAGUUCGCCACGAGCGACACCUUCGUGCUGCACCGCCUGCCGCACCCGUGGGCCGGCACGGGCCAGGUGGUGUUCAACGGGUCUCUCUACUUCAACAAGUACCAGAGCAACAUGAUCGUGCGCUACUGCCUGACCACGCGCACCAUCCUGAUGCAGCGCGUCCUCGACAAGGCCGGCUACAACAACAUCUUCCCCUACUCGUGGGGCGGCCACACCGACAUCGACCUCAUGGUGGACGAGAACGGCCUCUGGGCCGUCUACUCGACCAACCAGAACGCGGGCAACAUCGUCGUAGGCAAGCUGAACCCCAACACGCUGGAGCUGAUCCGUUCGUGGGACACGGGCUACCCGAAGCGGAGCGCCGGCGAGGCGUUCAUGAUCUGCGGCAAGCUGUACGUGACCAACUCGCACAUGGCCGGCGCCAAGGUCUACUACACGUACAGCACCAACUCGAGCACGUACGAGUACGUGGACAUCCCCUUCCACAACAUGUACUCGCACAUCUCCAUGCUGGACUACAACCCGCGCGACCGCGCCCUCUACGCCUGGAACAAUGGCCACCAGGUGCUCUACAACGUCACGCUCUUUCACAUCGUGGCCACCAGCAGCGCCACAAACAACAACGUGUGAGUGAGCACGGAGGUGCCGCGGGUUUCGGGCGGGGGGGGGGAGCGGCGGCGGGAAGUGGCGGGGGACGGGGGGCGGGGUAUGGGAGGGGGGGGGGGAGUGGGGUGGGUGGGGGGCGCGUCGACUCAUUCAGCAAGGGGAGCGAGCGAGAGAACGGCGACGCGUGAAGUGGGACGAUCGGAGCGGCUGAAUUUGUAAAGGGAGCGAGGAGCCGAGUUAGGAACGACGACGUCGGGCAGAGCGAUCGCAGAGACCGUGAAGAAGAAACGCAGUGGAAAAGAAUACAACAUUGCGUGGGUCGGACAAUCUGUGAGACUGAAUCCACGCGGGAGAGAGAGAGAGAGAGAGAAGGAACAAAAGUGCAUCAACGACGACGAAAGCUGCUCCACCGACGACGGUUGUCACAUCGAGAGCAGGACGGGGAGCCACCGAGCGGAGGAACGUUUCCGAUGUUUGCGUUCUCGCUCCGAACUCUCGCCCACCGCCCGUCGAGGUCCCGAUCCAUCCCCGCACACCGACACAAAACGGGGAACGUGGCAAUAAUCCCUUCGUGACGGAGCAAGUGGCCCUUUGCUUCCACUCGCCCAUCAAACACGACGACAAAAAAACGUUGAAUCCCCACUUGCAUCGAAGCCCCUGUGUAAUUACACUCUGCAGGAUGAUAUUGUUUCUGCCUUUAUCCACCCCUUUGUUUUUAAUGCCGCGACAAAGUGUGUUUCUCAGUCACCCUUCUCGCAAACACGGAAUCUGUGCGUUAAGAUGUAAAUAUUCAUUUUUUACUUGUAAGAUGAAGGUUUGUCUUCCUCCUUCGUCCAGUUUUCUUAAUUGGCAAAGUACAAACGAAAAAACGGCAAUACAAAAGCAGCCAAUCUUGAGUGAAAAUAUCAACAUUUGGCGUAAAUCGUCCUUAGAUCACAGUUCACGUCAUAUGCUCGGUGAUAGACGGAGGAGCCGUCAGGGAUUCGUGGCGUGGCGACGCUCGGAUCUCGCCUUCGACGUCUUGAGUUCACUUUCAAUUAGGAUAUACGCGGUCCCUGCUGACAACCCCUUUCAUUGUGUGCGCGUGACAAUAUAUAACUCGUUUUUUUUUUUUUUGCGUGUGUUCGUUGGUUAAUGAAACAAAAUUGGCGCGACGCUCGCUAUGCUUUGUUCCCACAACCCACCAAGCGAUCGGCUCUGCGAGCUCCGACCUCCGGGCCGUUCAGCUCCGACCUCGCGAGGAAACCCGUCCGGGGAAAUUUCGUAAGGCCGGAGACGCGGAAGUCAUCACCGUCACCGACGCCGCCGGUGCCGCAGCUCGCCGAGCGGUGGAGCCCUUUGGGGAAUGUGGCAGUUUCCAGUUUCAAACGGCAACAGAUCUGCAGGGUGGCCGGUUCCACAGACGGAAGAUCCCGCCUCUCCGAUUAGCACAGUUGGCUACGUACGGUGUGAAAGAAGUUCAACGUGUAUACAAAGAAUCGCCGCGCUGAUGCUGUUGUGAAGUCCACGGUGGCGAGAUGUUAUCUGCCUCGCCUGGUAUGCAGGAGGCAUGGGCUCGAUCCUGACCCUGACGCCUAUUGUAUAUUUGGAGUUUGCGUGUUCUCCCCGUGGUGGCGUGGAUUCUUCUCCGGCUCCUGCGGUUCUUUCCCUACACAUUUAGAAAGAACACGCGUUUAGAGUAUUUGGCUCCUGAUAUAAAUUUCCACGUGAUAAGGCACUUCGUUGAGCUAUCAUUUGUGGCCAGGUCACUUCUGAAAAAAAGCUGCAUAGCUCAGUGGGCCUUAAUUGGUCAAAUAAAUCGUUCUUAUUGGACAUCUGUGAAAAAGAGCAUUAUAGCUUACCAGAUUCCUCCAGAAGAUAUAAACAUUCUGAUUCGAUGGCGAAACCCCUUUUACCAAGAUGUGUUGCUGUCACUCCGGAGGAGCUCUCGCAACUCAGCGGAUUUGCACGCACGCACGCACACGCGUGUGCACACGCACACACACGCGGGCACAUCUACAAUGAGACGCUGCCACAGACAUCCACGGCGUCACGAGCCACAAGCAAGCAAGCACGGUGGAGCCGGGUGGUGGCCGUAAGAGUGUAUUGAGAAGGACGGCUUGAUGCCACCGGCGGCGGUCAAACCGCACGGUGGUGGCGGUGACGUCGCCCCGAAUCCAUCGAUGAUGAGGAUCUCCCCGGAAAGCCCCAGAUUAGUGGCGGAGUUGGAGGGAGUAGGAUGGCGGAGAGGAGGUGGAGCGGGGGAGUGAGUGUAGCAGUGUAGCCGCAUUCCGACAUCGCUCCACGUCGUCUUGCGAGAAGGUUCCUCAGUUAUUUUGGGGUCAUUUGAAUUUGAAAGAAAGAAAAAAGAGACCUUCAAAACACGUUGGUUGUGUGGAGGUUUAUUAUACGUGCGGAUGCUCUGUAAAUAUAAGUAAUAAAGCAAGUUAUUGGGGGGGGGAAUAAGAAAAGAGACUCUUUUAGGGAGUGACAUAUGAAGCCAACAUCAUGCAUAACAAAAAAUAUUAAGCUAUAAUCAAAGUUGGAUGGUAACGAAAAAAUGUUGACCCUGGGUUGAAGUAUUUUUUUUUCUCUCUACCCAACACCCCUCCUCUGACCACGGCCACGGAGCGAGAGACCUCCUGGCACACGGUGGAGGAGCGACGUUGAGCGCGGUUAUUCCGACGCGUGAUCAACGCGUCCACACACGUGGCCUGGGGUCAAUUACUGCCCCUAAUACGAGCGAUGUGGCACCAACAAUAACAACAACAACAAGCAAACCGUAAACAAAAACAACGCUAGGGGAUCACAUUGGGACCACUGGUGCUGCCACGUACAAAUGCUCGGCCGUGCUGCGAUGAGGAAUCCCAACGUUUCCCACGGGAUAGACCAAACGUUACGCAGGCAGGGUUUAUUGUCCCGCGAUGAUUACGGAAAUACAUAAAUAAAUCGCCCAAUGCAGCCAUUACCCCGAGCGUAUAGGGCACUCCGAAAUACCGCCCCGAUAAAUCCCGAGGGGAUUUAAAACGGCUCCAAUUUUCGGCUGUUUCGAUGAGUGCAAAAAUUUAUCUUUAUGUUUAUUUUUUACUGCAUAGUUUAAUAAUAUUAGCUCCGACGUGUGCAGUUUAUCGCAUUUGUAGAAAAUCAUACUUUGGCAGUCAGCAAUAUUGUGUAAAACAUCAUAUCUUCUUAACUCCAAUAAAGCAAACAUUCGGAAUACAUUCUGACAACAACGCCACUCGCAUUUUGGGAUAUUUAAGGAGCGAGAGAGCGAGAGAUGGUCCCCACUCGUGUAUGCCACCCAUCGCAAUCUGAAAUCAAUGUCGGUGUUCUCAUCCCCCGACUGAUGAAAUGCAUCGAAUUCGGGUAGACGCAGUAUGCAAGUUUCCCCAACGCAACCAGGCCAAGACAGACCACAAACACAUUGGACACCGGGAUUGACGGCGAAAGUGGCAGUUUACACCUUCUCUCGGGAACCCAGAGAGCGGGACAGCCUCGCGACCCAGGCAGGCUGUUCUUUACGGAAUGUUUGCUCAGUUGAUGAUGGCUCAAUUUAGGGAUUGACGGGUGUGGCGUUGG